AUGGCGCGACCCCUCGCUAGCCUACCUAGGCAGCUCCUCCGACCCCGUCCGAUCCCUCGCUUUCAGACCCUGCACGCGUCGUCUUCUCGGCCACAACAGCACCAGCACCAACAACAGCAACAACAGGUCCAGGGGGCAACCGAUAUCUCCCACAGCCAGUUCCUGGCCAAUGCCAAGGCGGGCAGCGACUUCAAUCCCGCUCAACUACCUACUGCCGGGUCAUGGACCACCGCGGACAGCUAUGGUCGAUUGGAUCCUACCAAUUCUCACCUCUUCAAACUCAUCCUUCCGCUUCCUACCUCCCUCAACGGUACAAGCUCCGGCUCCGCCAAGAAGACAGAUACGAUCCCGACUGCCUUCCUCCUCCAUCCGUCUCAGCCCCUUUCUCACCUCUCUAGGCUCAUAACAGGCUCUUUACCCUCCUCGGAACGGAAUGUCGACAUCACCUACCUCGCUCUUACCGGGCAAGAAGCGGAUCUGGAGAGUCAUCUCCGGAGUGCGGAGACCGAGGGCGAUGGCGACGCCGAGGGCGAGCGAGGAGGAGAGCGACAGGAUGGAGGGCCCCGAUUAGCGGAGAGGGAAAAGUCCAAGGGGAGAUGGCAGGAGGUAUCUUGGUCCCAAAGUACCGACCUUAGUGACUUUAUCAAACAGUCUUCGAGCCUGAACGAGAGGUUCAAGAUUGUCAUCAAGCCGGAGGAGAAGGAGGGGUUGGGACCGGCAGGGGAAGGAGUGACGGUCGAGGUGGUCAUUCCGAGCUUUGCGAGUCGGACGACGUUUUUGAGGGGACGGCUUGUCAAGCUGAGUAAGGAGCUCGGGGCUUUGACCAAGAAGAAGAAGGAGGUCGAUCUGGCGGCCCACAGGUCGGCACGAAGACUCGGUACAACUGCUCUAGCUGUCGGGGCGGUCUAUUGGGCUGCAGUCGUCCGCUUCACUUUCUUUACCGAAGCUGGUUGGGAUAUGAUGGAGCCAGUCACGUGGACGACGGGCUUUGCGGCUCUGCUAUGUGGUACAGGCUUCCUCAUUUACCACAACCGCGAAGUCAGCUACUCCUCGCUGCUCGACUUGUCAAUAACGGCCCGCCAGCGAAGCUUGUACGACAAGCACGGCUUGGACAUCGAGAAAUGGACAGAGAUGGUCGCCGAAGCCAAAACCCUCCGACGCGAAAUCAAGCGGAUAGCAGCCGACUACGAUCUUGAAUGGCAAGGCGAACUCGAGAAUCUGGCCAGUAUGGACAAGUUCUCCCCUCCGCCGGGUGCGCAAAUGUCCACCUCUUCACCUACCUCUACCUCGCGGACGAAAGAAGCUAAAGAGGAGCAAGAUGACGAGGAUGAAAGGGAAGAUGACGAGGACGAAAAGAUUGAUAUUGACAAGACGAUCAAUGAAGCUUCGGAAAUGGCGGAGGAAACCAAGGAGCGGGCGGAGAAGCUAAAAGAUGCGGAACGGAAGGGGGAGGUGGUGGAUGAGCGGAGUGAGAAGGGGAAGAAGAAGGGCAAAGAUGGGGAGGAUGAGAGGGCGGGCGCGAAGAGGGGGAGGGAGAAGGCGAAGCGGAUCAUGGAGAAGGGAUCGAGCUGA